AUGCUCGACCGACUCGGCCUGGAAAGCGCCAGCAGCAAGGUGGCGCGCUGGGAGGAGAAGUACGGCCGGCGGCCGGCAGAGGAGUCCCGACCGGAGGAGGCCGAGUCCGGCCGCACGACACCGGAGCCCGAGCGGGCGCCGCCGGCCCCGCCGCCGCCCUCGCAGGCGCUGGUCACCAAACUGGCGCUGGAGCGCUGCUGGCCCGAGCGGCUGGCGUACGGCUCGCUGUACGACUGCGACCAGGAGUCCCGGCCGAGUCCGCUGGAGCUGAUGCGUCAACAGGACCUGAAGUCCCGGCCGAGCCCACUAGAGCUGGCGCGGCUACAGGACCAGAAGUCCCGGCCGAGUCCGCAGGAGCUGUCCUCGCGCUCGACGGAGGACCUUGGGGCUGAUAUCAGGUCUCUCCCACAACUCGGGAACAGGCAGUCCAAGGAGGGCCUCUGCUCAGGCGGCUGUCGCCACCAAGUCAUCGACUCAAGCCCGCCCAAGGAGAACGUCCCUAAACCGGCACCGCAGCUCGGCGCGAGCGGCGCGGUGCUCCGCAGCCGUCCCACCGGCUCCACGCACGGUGAUGCACCCAGCUCGUUCAAGCGCACCUCCCUACACCUGGAGAGCAACAACAACGAGCCGGCGUCGCGCCAAGCGGCCUUCAACAGCCGCCACCCGGCGCUGCCGCUGCAGAAGUCGGCCUCGGCCAUCAUACGACCGGCAGCGCGCGACGGCGCGCCGCCGGAGCAGACGGUCGAGGACGACGAGGACGGCCACCUCAUCUACAGGAACGGCGACGUGCUGCAAAGCCGGUACCGCAUCCUGUCCACUCUCGGUGAGGGAACAUUCGGCAAGGUCGUGAAGGUCAAAGAUCUCGACAAGUAA